AAUUCAACUGGCAGGUCUUGUUCAAGCCCCGACUCCUGACAUCAGUUCUUUUCUCAUGUUAUCGACUAAUGCACCUCGAGCCUGCCUGCCACAAGAAUCCAGUGCAUAGUAGCGCAAGACAGGUUCCCAAUAACCCCAUAAAUCGCUCUCACCCCCAGCCAACCCUCAAUCCCUCUCCUUCUCCCCCUUUUUCCACCUUCAUCCCCACCCCAAAAUGGCCGGCCUCAUCUCCGCCGCCAACCUAGGCGCCAUCGCCGACCCGCGCCUGGGCAACGAAGCCGACCUCAUCGGCACCGAAGCAGAACACGGCGUCAUCAUCGACACGAACAACCACCAUGACAAACAUGAUCACCGAUCUCUGCACACCAUCGCCGCCCCGGUCAUGCACGGCAAGGGCUCCAUCUACCUCGACACCACCAUCAGCUUCGAGAACUACCUCUUCUGGGCCCGACGCUCGCGCGAGGUCGAGAAGCACAUCCGCACUGAUGACAAGGGGUUGCAGCAGCUGGGUAAUGUGAUCUUGGGUCGCAGGGGCAGUAAUACCGCUCCUCCGCCGCAGAUUGUGGAUUCCGGGGGUAGUAAUGGGGAGAAGGUGUCUGAGAAGGGUAGCCAGGGGGGGAAGAGUGACCAGGGCUCGGGCUCCAUCGAUAAGUAUGGGCUUUUGGAGACCGAGUGGGAGCAGGCGCAGCGUGCGGCGAGGACGGCUACUUGGGGGUCGAUCUUCUAUCUGAUUACGACGGAUAUUCUGGGGCCAACGAAUGUGCCCUGGGCGAUUAGUCAAAUGGGCUAUGGGCCUGGUUUUGCGUUGUAUACUGUGUUUGGUCUCAUGGCAUAUUAUUCUGGCAUGCAGCUGUGGAAGAUCUUCACGAGCUUGGACUCGACGCGCUAUCCCAUGCGCAAUUACGGAGACGUGGCUUUCCGGAUUUAUGGCCCUUGGGCCCGGAUUCUGGUCAACGUGCUUCAAAGCUUCCAAUUUUUCUUGAACGUCACCCUACUGAUCGAAAGCAGCGGACAAAGUCUGGCGCAGAUGGCGGCGGGCGUCAAUCACACUGGCUAUCUCUGCUUCAUCGUGGCGGAGGUCAUCUUCAUGCUCAUCGGUUUUGUCUUGGGCCAGAUUCGGACCCUCCAGCGCUUGUCGUGGCUGUCAAACCUGGCCAUCUGGAUGAAUUUCAUUGUGAUUAUCUUGACCAUGGCCGUGGUCUACGAGUAUCCGCCCAACUACAGUGCCGUCGAGAGCACCUACGGCAUCAAACCCGGCCCUAUCGUGAAGAGCGUCAACUGGCCAGCAACAAACACCCUGUACGACCGCAUGACCGCGGUGAUGAACUGCGUCUUCGCAUACGGUGGUGCGACGCUAUUCAACGAGCUGAUGGCCGAGAUGCGGCGACCGUUCGAUUUCUGGAAAGGCUUCCUCUGCGCCGAGGUCUUCAUCUACGUGUGCUACCUCGUGGAGGGCAUGGUCGUCUACAACGCGCAGGGGAACUACGUCUAUAACCCAGCUUAUCAAGGAAUCCCCAACUCAGCCUACAAGUACCAAACAGCCGGCAACGCUCUCUCCUUCAUCUCGGCCGUCAUUGCCGCCCUGCUGUACGGGAACGUCGGCAUCAAAGUCUUCUACUCCUCCGUUCUCCGCGAUAUCUUCCACAUGCCGCCUCUCGACCACCGCACAGGCAAAUACAUCUGGGUUGCCCUCGUCCCAAUCUACUGGUGCCUCGCUUGGAUCGUCGCCGCCGCCAUCCCGCAAAUCAGCAAUCUCACCUCCUUCGUCGGCGCCCUCUGCAUCCUGCAGUUCUCGUUCACCUUCCCGCCGAUGUUGCUGGUGGGCUUCAACGUUCAGAAGGACGCCAUUCUGCCGGAGGAGCGCUUCGAUCCGCAUACCGGCGAGACCAAGCGCGUGGAUGCCGGAUGGCGCCGCUGGGUGAGGGGAUACCGGCGGCAGUUCGCUCGGAAUACAUUUGAUGUGGUGUAUUCGUUGGCCGCGUUGGGGACGGCCGGGAUGGGGCUGUGGGCGUCGAUUGUGGCGAUGAAGCAGAGUUUUAGCGGGACGGCGUUGACGCCGUUUACUUGUAAGAAUCCAGCGGGGUGA